GUUCCGGUCCCCGCGGCCAGGGCCUGAGGAAUCCGGUUCCCGCCGCGCCGGCAGCCGCGCCUGCGCAGACGGUGGCGUCAUCACCAUGGCAGCGCCCGCUGCUGGCCCGGGAUGCUGGAGUGAAAACAUCCUGGACUAUUUCCUGAGAACUCACCAGAUCGCUACAGAAGACGGCGCCGAGAUCUCCUGGUACCACGGAGCCAACCGCAGGGCGCAGACGGAGGCGGCGCUGAGGAGUGCGGCUCACAUGGUGGAGGCGGAUGUGCUGCUCCCGAGCGCAGGUGCAGGUGCGGUGCCCAGCCAGCCAGUCAUGGCUCAUCCCCCGGAAACCCACAGUGACAACACGCUGCAGGCCUGGCUGGCCGCGCUCCUGCCCAGCACCAAGGGCAUCAAGUUGGACUUCAAGAGCCUGGCAGCGGUGCCGCCGGCCAUGGCCCUCUUGGACACGGUGAGAGGUCGCCUGCAGCGUCCUGUGUGGCUUAACGCCGAUAUUCUCCCCGGUCCGAGUGGAAGCAGCAAUGUCGUGGACGCAAAGCCCUUUAUAGACACGGUGACAUCCUUCUUCCCGGCGGUGACGCUGUCCCUGGGCUGGACGACAGGAUGGCAUCCGGAGAAAGCCAACGAAGGGUACAGCUGGGAAAUGGUGAGAGAGAUGGAAUCCAUAUGCAGUGGGCUGAGUCAGCCCGUGACCUUCCCUGUCCGAGCGGUGUUGGUCAGACAGUCCUGUCCGCAGUUGCUCUGGCUGCUAAAGAGAUCAGACAGGUACAGCCUGACCGUCUGGACCGCCAAGGACGACAGCUGCUCCACUGAGGACUUACUCUACAUCAGGGACUGUUUUGACAAAAAGAAAGUGUUCUAUGACAUUUUGGAACCACAAAACCGUGAAUUUAAACAAGCCAUUGGAAUCACAGCUAAUCUCUGAGCAGAUUCUUCUCAGUUGUUUCUGCCUUGGCUUCCUAAUCCCUCUCUGCUUUGGCCUCAGUUAAUUGAUCAUUGGCUUAUGCUUAGUCAUCCAAGAGGAAGGGUGCGCCGCAUGCUCCCAUUAGACACCAGCCCUCCUGAGACUGAGCUCCCUAGAGGGCCUGGGAGAAGGGGCUGCAGGGCUAGUGCAGGGCAGCCGGGGAGCGCUCUCCUCGGUGGGGUCGGUGUUCCUUGUCCUGCCCGGUGCAGCCUGACCAAGGCUUCCCUGCUUUACUGAAAGGUCCCAAUGUAUGCAUUUUCCCUGUUGUUAACAGGCCACUUUCUCCCAUCAAAAACAUUGGUUUCCUGCAAGGAGCAGAGCUUUGGUUCAGAUUGCAGACAUUUCCUUUGCAGCCCUUGCGCGCUGGAGACUGGCACAUCUUCAACACGGUCUGCUUCAGCUCAGUUAUCCUGAAAGGCACAGAGGCGAGAACUCACUUGUGGAAUGGUUGUGAGGACUGAGCCGGAUCACACAGUAGCGAUACCUGUUUCCCGGCCUGUCACAUGGGGUGUGGGCAGCUAGCAAGGGCGGCUCCUGCCGGGCCAGUGCCAGGGUCAUGGACAC